AUGGACCGGUUGGACCGGACUGGCCUGUUGGGCCAAUGGACCGGUUGGACCGACUGGCCUGUUGACCGGUUGGACCGACUGGCCUGUUGGUCCAAUGGACCGGUUGGACCGACUGGCCUGUUGGUCCAUGGGACGGUUGGACCGACUGGCCUGUUGGUCCAAUGGACCGGCUGGACCGACUGGCCUGUUGGUCCAAUGGACCGGUUGGACCGACUGGCCUUUUGGGCCAAUGGACCGGUUGGACCCACUAGCCUUUUGGGCCAAUGCACCGGUUGGACCGACUGGCCUGUUGGGCCAAUGGACCGGUUGGACCGACUGGCCUGUUGGGCCAAUGGAACGGUUGGACCGACUGGCCUGUUGGGCCAAUGGACCGGUUGGACCGACUGGCCUGUUGGUCCAAUGGACCGGUUGGACCGACUGGCCUGUUGGGCCAAUGGACCAGUUGGACCGACUGGCCUGUUGGGCCAAUGGACCGGUUGGACCCAUUGUCCUGUUGGUCCAAUGGACCGGUUGGACCGAGUGGCCUGUUGGUCCAAUGGUCCGGUUGGACCCACUGUGCUGAGGUCCAAUGGACCGUUGGACCGACUGGCCUGUUGGCCCAAUGGACCGGUUGGACCGGUUGGACCGACAGGCCUAUUGGGCAAAUGGACCGGUUGGACCGACUUGCCUGUUGGGCCAAUAGACCGGUUGGAUCAACUUGCCUGUUGGGCCAAUGGACAGGUUGGACCGGACUGGCCUGUUGGGCCAAAGGACCUGUUGUACCGACUGGCCUGUUGGUCCAAUGGACCGGUUGGACCGACUGGCCUGUUGGUCCAAUGGACCGCUUGGACCGACUGGCCUGUUGGUCCAUGGGACGGUUGGACCGACUGGCCUGUUGGUCCAAUGGACCGGCUGGACCGACUGGCCUGUUGGUCCAAUGGACCGGCUGGACCGACUGGCCUGUUGGGCCAAUGGACCGGUUGGACCGAUUGGCCUUUUGGGCCAAUGGACCGGUUGGACCCACUAGCCUUUUGGGCCAAUGCACCGGUUGGACCGACUGGCCUGUUGGGCCAAUGGACCGGUUGGACCGACUGGCCUGUUGGGCCAAUGGAACGGUUGGACCGACUGGCCUGUUGGGCCAAUGGACCGGUUGGACCGACUGGCCUGUUGGUCCAAUGGACCGGUUGGACCGACUAG